AUGGUAUUCCGGAUAAGAAGAAGAAAACCAAAAGACGUAGCACUCAGGUCAAUAGAGAAUACAAAGCCGACAAAGGCCACAAAGGCUCUUGUUGGACCAGAGGCCACAACCCGUAACUUUGUCAAGGCAGCCUUGAAUGGAAAUGCAGCACAACAUCCCAAAGCAAAGUCAGCGAUACGGGGUAUAUUCAAGAGAACAAACAAGAAGAGAAAGAAUGGCAAGAAAUUCAUAUUUGGUCUCAAUAAGGACGAUCCUAUUUCUCUUCGUGCCGAAACCUCGCACGAGACAGGGUCAUCAGCAUCUGGACCAAUAGAUCACACGGGCAAGACCAGUCUAUUUACAAGCAGGCCACCACUACCACCAUCAAGUGUUCAACAUAUACGGUAUAGACAUGAAUACAAUCGUCCUCCUUUAGAUGAGGCUUCUACAAAAGGUUCGGUUGUGAGUGACGACAGCAAUAGCAUUUACAAGCUCAUGCUGCAAGAACUCAAGCAGGAUUUCUCCGAGGCCAAGCAUGCUCCAUUGAGAUUUGUCCCUGCACAAACAGUCGUUCAUAGCAACAAGACAAGGGAAGAAAAAGAAUAUCAUAAAGAUAUUGACGACACACUCCGCGUUCUUGAUGACGAGCCGGGUAAUAGUCAGCAGGAGGAGAGCCGCGACUCUUCAAACCAUACUCCUCGACGACAACCUCUAUCCGAUAUCCGACAACCUCUAUCCGAUAUCGAUGAAACAAGGGAGGACUUUGUUGGAUCAAACGACCCAAACACGGCCGACGAGGGAGCGAUAAAUAUGAGCUUAUCAAGCGAUAUUGACGGGAAUAUGAAACCAGUCGGUUCCUUAAGGCAUGCCUCUCAAGAAGACCGACACGAGUUUGAUGCACAGCUCAAUUGCGCUUCAGAUGAUCCUCAAGCAGACUCAUCAGAGAGGUCAGUCGGCAGUAGAUCCGCUCGAUCAAUUAGAUCAGCAAGAUCAGCUAUAUCGGCUCGUUCAGGAAGAUCGGCACGGUCGAGCAAGUCAGCACGAUCAGAUAGAUCCUCCUUGGGUGAUCGAUCCUCGGAACUAGUGUCACUGCGAGAGCUACGGGGGAAACGUCGGCAUCGAAAACAAAAGAGCGAAGUUUCGACAGAAGCAUCUAGCUCUUCCUACGAUGGCAACGAAAGCACAAGAAGGAAACAGAGAUUGAAAAAGCUACCCAAACGUGAACGGGUGCCUGUUGACAACAGAUCUUACAAUUCUGAAGCUUCGGGCACCUUUGAUGAUUAUACCACGCUUGGUGACACCGAGUAUGAAUGGGAUAACAUCGACUCUUUUGAUUCGUGGCUGUCACUUGAACAUGAGCUACGAGCUGGGGCAAAGGACGAUUGGUUCUGUGGGGUUUGUUUCCGGUAA